GCCUCACACGCUCUUAUCUCAGACGUCCACCACCGAUUAAACGUGUGCAAUGAACAAAGACAGGCGAAGUGACGUCUGUGUGUCCGUGUAGUGAUAAAGGAGUGAUUUACGCAACCAGUUCCGAUUGUUAUCAGUGAUAAUAAAAUUUAAAUCCGUUUGUUGUUGGAAUUUUGCGUCUUCGCGGAAUUUUAGAAAAGUUUAUUAUAAGACGAGUCAAGUGUAAGGUUAUGGUCGAUGUACCGGGAGUGAUGGGGAAGUUGGUGACGUGAUUUGAGUUCAUGUACCGAUUUUGCUAAUCUUGGCCUUUAUUCCAGCUUCGAGCGUUGCCUACCUGGGUGGAUAUAUUUCUUACAUUGACAGCAGAUGGAUGUUACUAGGAGGAGCAUGAUGGGAAAACGUCAAAAGUGAGAAGUUAACGCCCAAUCAAUUCUUCAACCAUGUUCCAAAAAUUCCGCACCAACAAAGCCCUCAGCAAAGACCCGAACGACUACAUCGAGGUCGAAGUCCGCGAAGAUGAAGAACAAGGCGUCAAACUCCAAGAAAUCAUCGACCUACUGGUCGCCGCCGGGUAUUUCCGAGCCCGAAUUAAAGGCCUCCAGCCCUUCGAUAAAGUCGUCGGAGGGAUGACCUGGUGCAUCGAAUCGUGCAACGUAGACGUCGACGUCGACCUACUUUUCCAAGAAAACUCGACCAUCGGCCAAAAAAUCGCCCUCACUGAGAAAAUUGUCACAGUUUUACCCAAAAUGAAGUGUCCGCACAGCAUCGAGCCCCACCAGAUCCAGGGUUUGGAUUUCAUCCAUAUAUUCCCCGUGAUACAGUGGCUGGUGAAAAGAUCGCUAGAGUUCAGGCAAGAAAUGUCGCAGUUCGUGAGGAAGUACGCGGUGAAACAGUUCCAGAAAAAUUUUGGAACGAGUGAGGCGCAAUCAAAGUCUGAGAGUAAUAUUUUGAAGAAUAUUAACAUAGUUAAUGAAAAGUAUGCACCCCGGAGGUACUACAAGCGAAAAAAUGCCCCUCCGUCUGACAUUCACGACCAAGUUCAGAUCACUCUUUUGGAAUAUGGAAGUGCGGCACACCACGUCGAAACCGUGGUCAAUGAAAGUGUAGACCACGAAGAUCUGAACAAAGAAGAUCUGCAAACCCUUGCAGAACAUUACACUUCGUUACAACAGGAAUUCAAGAGUGGUAGUAACAAAGUUUUGAAAGAAAAGCAAAUCGCGGCUAUUGAAGACCAAAUUGGCUCGUUAACCAAAAAGUCGGCCGACUUAAAAUCAAGAAAAUCGUCCUUGGAAGAUACACUAAAUGCCGCUUUGUUGCAAAUUGAAGAGAUAAAAAUGAAGCAAAAAUCGGCGCAAGCGCGUUUAGACGAAUUGAAACAAAACGAAGAAGGCAAGGUCGAUAACGUCCAAGAAAUCGAAGAAUUAGUGAUUUUGAGCGACAACUUAAAAACGCAGGAAUCGCAGUUCAAGGAUUAUUGCAAAAAGGAGUUAGUGAAGUUGCAGGAUUUGAUUGAAGACGCAAAACAAGGAAAACCCGUGGUUGAAAUCGACCCCAAGGUUAAUAAGUUAAGUGAAGAGCUAACUGAAAACGUUAAGUCGUUGCGGUUGCAAGUGGCUAAGCGUAAUCGGACUGUGGCUGCUUUACGUCGACAAAUCGAUGAUGUUCCGAAUCGACCCGAGUUAGCACAGUACCAAAGGAGGUUCCUUGAGUUGUAUAAUCAAGUUUCUGCUAAACAUAAAGAAACGAAGCAAUAUUACACGCUUUAUAAUACAAUGGAGGAUACUAAGAUGUAUAUGAGGAAGGAACUGUCGCUGCUCAACUCGAUAUCUGAUAGUUAUCCAGAGGCUGUUUUGUCGAGUGGUGGCAAAGACGAGUUUUUGCAGCAGUUCCAAGGGGUUAUAGAGGGAGUGAAGCAGUCGAAGAAGAAGGUGGAGAAGCAGGUGAUGGAUGAGAGAAGGAAGAGGGAUCAGUUGAGUUCGAUGUUGCAGGUUUUGGUGGAACAGCAGAGGAAAUAUGUUGCUGCUGUUCGUGAGUUGAGCAUUGAGUGUAAAAAGCACGAGAUUUUAUUGGCUCAACAAAAGUACUGACUUUAGAUUGUAUUUUUAAGUGUGAUUGGUGUUACGCUUUCCUAUAUUUCUAAGUCUCAAGUAAACGUACUGUGUAUAGUUUAAAUAAAAAAUGCUAAAUAUAAAAAUGCAAAGUUAAAA